UUAGACUGGUUCGCUUCUGGAUGCUUAAAAUACAACUUGCAGUGAUGGUGGGAAAGAAAGGCUGAAAUUCGCGGUUUUUUUCUUUCAACUAAAACAAUGCCUUGCUCACUCUGCCUCUUAUCUUCCCCACUAUGCCCUCUUCAGAAAACUAGUUCGUUCACUCUAAAAUCUUAUCCGCUUCGCCUCUCUGUCAAAUCAUCCAUUGACAAAAAUCCCACCACGAAUUCAAACAGCAGCAGUAAAAAAUCCAGUUCUUGGGUCAGCCCAGAUUGGCUGACUUCAUUGACUAGGUCCCUCACCUUAGGGAAAGACGAUUCUGGCAUUCCUUCUGCAAGUGCCAAACUCGACGAUGUUUCUGAUCUUCUAGGUGGCGCUCUUUUUCUCCCUCUGUUUAAAUGGAUGAAUAAGUAUGGUCCUAUUUACCGACUCGCCGCCGGGCCUAGAAAUUUUGUGGUGGUUAGUGACCCUGCUGUCGCGAAGCAUGUUCUAAGGAAUUAUGGUACAUAUGCAAAGGGUCUUGUCUCCGAGGUUUCGGAGUUCCUAUUUGGGUCCGGUUUUGCAAUUGCUGAAGGCGCACUCUGGACGGUAAGGCGCAGGGCCGUGGUUCCAUCUCUUCAUAAACGAUACUUGUCUGUUAUAGUUGAUCGGGUAUUUUGUAGAUGUGCUGAGAGACUAGUGGAGAAGCUACAAUAUGAUGCACUGAAUGGAACUCCUGUUAACAUGGAGGAGAAGUUUUCGCAGUUGACUCUAGAUGUUAUCGGUUUGUCUGUAUUCAACUACAACUUCGAUUCACUUAAUACAGAUAGUCCUGUUAUUGAGGCUGUUUACACUGCAUUGAAGGAGGCAGAAGCUCGUUCAACUGAUAUUUUGCCUUAUUGGAAGGUUAAAGCUCUUUGCAAAAUAAUCCCUAGACAAAUAAAAGCUGAAAAAGCCGUAAACGUGAUUAGGGAAACUGUUGAAGAACUUAUUGUGAAAUGUAAAGAGAUUGUGGAGGCUGAGGGUGAAAGAAUUGAUGGUAAUGAUGAAUACGUGAAUAACACUGAUCCUAGUAUCCUUCGCUUCUUGCUUGCCAGCAGAGAAGAGGUUUCCAGUCUGCAGCUACGGGAUGAUCUUUUGUCACUGUUAGUUGCUGGCCAUGAAACCACUGGUUCAGUUUUAACCUGGACACUUUAUCUUCUUAGCAAGGACUCUUCCUCCUUGGCAAAAGCGCAAGAAGAGGUAGACAGAGUUUUGCAAGGAAGACGUCCUGCCUAUGAAGAUAUUAAUCUUAAGUUCUUGACACGCUGCAUUAUUGAGUCACUUCGGCUUUAUCCACAUCCUCCUGUCUUGUUAAGAAGAGCUCAAGUUCCUGAUGUGCUCCCUGGAGAUUACAAGGUUGAUGCUGGUCAAGAUAUUAUGAUUUCUGUAUAUAACAUCCAUCACUCUUCAGAGGUUUGGGAGAGGGCUGAAGAGUUUUUGCCAGAAAGAUUUGAUUUGGAUGGGCCAGUCCCAAACGAAACAAAUACAGAUUUCAGAUUUAUUCCGUUUAGUGGAGGACCCCGCAAGUGUGUUGGUGAUCAGUUUGCUUUAUUGGAAGCAACAAUUGCUCUCGCAAUCUUUCUGCAACACAUGAAUUUUGAACUAGUUCCUGAUCAGAAUAUUAGCAUGACCACUGGAGCAACUAUACAUACAACAAAUGGCUUGUACAUGAAACUCAGCCCACGGCGAAAAUAGUUGAUUGUGUUCAUCUUCCUCAGACAAGUUCGGCUGUAAAGUUGCCCACAUCUUCAGCGCAUCAUUUACUUAUGUUAAUUUUUUUUGAAAAAAAAAAAAUAUAUAUAUAUAUAUAUUUGCACGAGAUGCAUUUGAUCAUCCCCACUUUUGAUGUUAUGAUAGAAACUUAUAAUUUUGAUUGACUAUCAAAUGUUAUCUGAAUAUCUGGUACGAAGUUUUCUCCUGGUUAAUGCAAAGUUGUUUAUAUUA